AGAAAUUGUGGCAAGGGCUUGUGUUCUCUCGCAGCGAUCAUCAAGACGGAGAUAUACGGGAAAUCGAAGAUAACGAACGUUAAACGCCACAAGGUAAACCUCGAGAAAUUGCUCAUCAAAGAGAGAACACCCAUGUUCGUGCACACUUUUUCACAGUAAGAGUUGUUACAACUUGGAAUGCUCUCCCAGUCGAGGUGACCAUAGCCACCUCAGUCCGUAGCUUCAAGAAGAGACUUGAUGAACACGUACUCACAUACAGAUUUUCAUCCGCCCAACGGACUAGAACUAGUGCAUUUGAGUGGCUACACUAUCAUCGAUUGGACCCUACCAAAUACACAGAGCCGUACCGAAAGAAGAAUAAUCGAGCACAAAGAAAUCAAUUAGUUUAUGCUAGCUCGUGAGAAAGAUGUUUAAAAACUGGGUAUUGGACAUUAGGCGCGAACUUUUCGACUUUACCGCACCGUGGCACAUGGACGACACAUGCACUGUUGUUAUUGAGGAUUUGCCAAAUGUACUUAAGAUAAAACCAGAAUCAGUGGAGACAUGGUUAGCGCCAUUCGGUGUUGUUAAAUAGUUUAAAACAUUCUAGUUCUUGGUCUUGAAAUGCUUCUUAUCUGUUUGACUCGAUCACUAUGGUAACCGAAAAGAUUGUAUUUGAUAUCAAAAGUCCAAACAUGUAAAUGGUAAAGACAAUUAAUUUUGACGUAGGAUUUUUCCACUUACUAGAAGUAUAAGAAAAAUAUUGUGAAGCAUUUCCCUACUGAAUAUAGGUUGUCUCAUGACUUAAGUUGACGAUUUAUUAAAACUGCUUUAUCCUUUGUCACACAUCAAACUUGAUACCAUUAGGAAAUAAAGUAAUACCGACUAAUAUCUAAGGGGCGAUGGACAACUGUUUUAUUUUAGCUCCAGACAUUUUACACAGCUGCUUUGUGAGGUAUUCAUCACUAGAUCUUAUUUGCUGGAAAACUUGUCUUUCAGACAAUAAAUUGCAGGUCGAAAUCUUACGGCAUUUAAUUCAUUUUGAGUAGAUGGUUACUAUCACGAAAUAGUUUUAUAAUUAAUAGGGAGGUUACAAUAAGUAUCUCAUUUCAGCUAUAUCUAUUUACCGGCGCGUGAUUUUUGUGGAGUUCGAAAAUUCUUCAGCUGCCGAAGAUGUAAUAACUAGUGAAAAUGGGAAAAUGUUUCAGAAUAGUUGUGUGUCUAUACGAAGUUAUCAACCUUGGGAUUUGAUGGUUGCUGGUGAUCUUGUUACUAGAUACGAAGUACCGAAUUCAACCUUAGCUAAUAAAGAAGUUCAAUCGGAGGAAAAGAAUGAAAAUGCACCAAAUGACAAUGUUCACACAGAAGUUGAUGAGGUAAAGAAGCUAGUUACGCAUAUAAAGUAUUUGAACAAAGAUGAACUCUGGACAUUGUAUAGUGCAUUACAAGAUAUGCGGAAUGAAAGAGGAGCGAAGACUAAAGUUAAAAUUCUUCCUUCUGGUCGACCUUGGCUUGAUUCAGUGAGCAAAAGUCUGUUAACUGAAAGAACUGAAGCAUUACACAAAUUGGAAUUAGAAGAUAAUAAAGUGAAUCGUCGUCGUUUUAUUCAGUUUGACAAAUUAUACACAGAAGCCAGUGCUAAAUGCGAAAAAACAUGGUUCAAUAUAAUUGACCAAGAAAUUAGUACGUGUAAUGCUCCUAUACUUCCGGAAGAUGUGAACGACAUAUCAUUUCCAGAAGUAGUAGCAGCCCCUCAACCUCAGAUAAAUGGUCCUGUAUAUGAUUCCACAGGAUUUUUGAUGCAACAUACCAAUUAUUUUCCAGAUAAUAAUUACGAUAAAUAUUCUGCUGUAUAAUAUAUAUAUAUAUAUAAUUAAGUACAUACAUAAUUUAGAAAUC